GAUCCCAGCUCUGAGUCUGGAGGUGUGGAGCGACUGUGCCGCAUCUGAAACCAAACCUCGCCUUUUUCCUGGAACAUUCAAACAACAAAAAAAAGGGCCUGCAAAUCAAACACGCAAGUCAAAAAAUAUAUACGAAAGAAAAUCGGACGACGAAUCAACAUGACAGACCAAACGACCAAAACCCACGUUAUCCUGCUUUCAUGUGGAAGCUUCAACCCCAUCACAAAGGGACACAUACAUAUGUUCGAAAAAGCCAGAGAGUUCCUGCAGAAGACAGGGCGCUUCAUAGUGAUUGGUGGAAUCAUUUCGCCUGUACAUGACUCCUACGGCAAAGCGGGUCUUAUUUCUAGCAGACACCGACUCACCAUGUGUCAGGUGGCAGUGCAGUCAUCCGACUGGAUCAGGGUCGAUCCUUGGGAGUGUUAUCAGGACACCUGGCAGACUACUUGCAGCGUAUUGGAACACCACCGAGAUCUGAUGAAGAGAGUAACAGGAUGCAUUCUGUCCAAUGUGAACACGCCUUCUACAACUCCUGUGAUUGGCCAGCCCCAGAACACCACUUCUCCGAUCUAUCAGAGCCGCAAUGCAGUAAGCAAGCCCACAGCUGUUAAGCUGUGGGGAAAAAUGAGUGAGAGUCUGGCGAAAAUCUGCUGUGUCCGCCCACACGUGGAGCGCUUCACCUUUGUUGAUGAAAACGCCAACCUUGGCACCGCCGUGCGCUACGAAGAAAUCGAGUUGCGUAUCCUGCUUCUGUGUGGCAGUGAUCUUCUGGAAUCCUUCUGCAUUCCUGGUCUAUGGAAUGAGAGUGAUAUGGAGGUGAUCGUAGGUGACUUUGGGAUAGUUGUGGUGCCCCGGGAUGGAACCGACACAGAAAGGAUAAUGAAUCAUUCCUCUGUGCUUCGUAAGCACAAGGGCAACAUCAUUGUGGUGAAGGACGAUAUGAACCACCCGAUGUCGAUUGUCAGUUCAACUAAGAGCAGACUGGCUCUCCAGCAUGGAGACGGCCACGUGGUGGACUACCUGACUCAGCCAGUGAUUGACUACAUCCUGCAAAAUCAGCUCUACAUCACCGCCUCUGGAUAGGCAAAGAGGACGCAAGCAGAUGCCUCUCUGUUUAAGCUGCCCCGUCUGUCUCCCUGUGUGUGAUUAACAGUGUAGUCCUGCCGCACUCUAUCACUGCUUUUUCCAUAUAGAGGAGCGUUAAAACCUAUCCGUCAUCCUUUCUAACUGUAUCAUAGUGACUUGUCGGGAGUAAGGGCGUGCUGCGGCGUUGCGGUUCGCCGAAACGGAACAGAAAUGAGAAGAGAUGAGAGCGAUUCAUACAGGAAAUGCUACCGGCUUGAAUGUUGGCCUUGCUGUCAGUUUGAUACUUUCUUUUUUCCCUCUAAUUGCAUGUCUUGAGGUUUUUCUUUUACCGCACGAGUGCUCGAAUAGCCUUGUAGACUUUAGUCCGCUGUGACCGUGUUUGCAAAAAAAAAAAAAAAAAAAAAACUACCAAUAACUACCUGCUUACGCGCAUUCCUUUUUUUUAUCUUUUCAAUAUGGCCGUGUGUACAAAGGGAUUUGCAUUGCCGUUCAUUUUUUCUUUUUGUUUUGGCCACCUGCGUGCAUUCCUGCAUAUGUCAUUUGUAUUUCGUUUGCACAUUAAAGAAUGACCUUCUGA